AUGCAUUAUUAUAAUCCUUUUCUGAUCUUUUCUGAUGGAAGUCUAAGUUUGUUUACUUAUCGGAAAUGUCAUCGAUGGGGACUUCCGAUCAUUUUUCUAGAGCGCGUUAAAGGUCCUCCCUUUGUCCCGCCAUCUCGACGUGAAGAUGCCCCUUUGUCCGGGAUUCUGCUCAAUCCCGAACUAGACGAAAUUGACCCAAGCUUGGACUGGCAUGUCAUUAUCUCUCACGAGGCCCUUACAUUUAGGCAGUUUUUUCCUCACUAUUCGCAAGAAGGUAUAUUACGAUUUGGCCGAUUAUUUGGUGCGAAUAUAAAAUCUUCUUCAAGGACGGAAAUAUGGUGGCCUGUGAAGACCUAUCGUUCUAGUAAUUCUGCCGCGCUAGUCAGUGACGAGAAUAACGAAGAAAAGAAAGAGGUUGAAAAGCAAAUUAAGGAAGAAACAGAAACUAGCGAAGUGAAAGACGAAGGGCUUAAAACUGACACAGAGGAUUCGUCAGAGACUAAGGGAAAGCUGGAACUAAAUUUUGCUCCCGAACCAUCUGCGGAAGAAUGUGUUAUUGACGACGAAGUGUUGCUUAUGCGACCUGCGAAUUACAGGUCUUCGAACGCGGAGUAUCAUGCAGAGUCUAACGGUGAAGAAAUUCCUGCUUGGAGGCAAUGUAAUCUUUAUUACAAAUACGGGCCAAGCAGAAUUUGGUAUGAUAGGUUAGGUGUUUCUUCCAAUCCCUCAUCGUUUGACUACGGUUUCAAGCUGAAGCAUGAUAAAAGGGUAAGGAGAAACAGUAAUUCUAAAGAAGAUAAAACAAAUGAAUCACAACGACGAGCGAAAGGUGGAGUCGCUUAUGUCGAUCCCUUCCCACAGUCGACUUUCCUUCCCGUUAAUUUAGUACGUUGGGAAGACGAUAUUAUAUUUGAUGGUGAAGCUGCCCGGCACCAAAUUCUUAAAGACUUUUCGAGUUUUAAACAACCAGAAUAUGGGUGGAUUCCAACGCAGCAAACAAGGAAUUAUGAGUCUUUUAUAACUUCCUUAAAAAGUAAUGCCUUUGUCCAAAUGUUUUCGAAACCUGGAAUGACAGUUUCGACUAGAUAUAUUGAUCUUGAUUUUCCGAAGGAGCCUACUUCUACACACUCUAUAUUUCCUAUGGAAAACUAUGACCUUUUAAAUACGCAGCCUCGAGUGUUGACUUUGGACUACCACGAUGACCCUAAAAUUUUUGGUAUGCCGGAAGAUAAGGCACCUGAAGAGAAGCCUGCCGAUGGAGAAAACUCAAGCCCUCCAAAGCCGUUUGAUAGGAAGGAACACCAGUUCACGAAAAAAUCGAAGAUGAUUUUGGGGCAAGUGCAGCAACGGCAGAAACAGGAAGAAGAUGAGCAGAUGGAAAGUUCGGUAGCGCAGUUAACUGAUAAAGAUCCUUUCAACUUAAGCAAUGAUGAUUACUAUAUGCCGAAGGACGUUGGCAGAACUGUGAGCUCAAUUUCUGGAGGCUCGCUGAUUCAACAUUCAAUACCAGCGCAAAAUAUUCAUCGUACAUUCUUUCCUACUCAUUUGAAUCCCUUCAAACUAAGACAUCAUCAUCGUCUUCCACUUCCAAAGCGAAUUUUGCGUACUAUAGGGAAUCGUUAUGUCGUUGUGAAAACGCUAACUAAGCUUAUUAAGGAAAAAGAAGAGCUCCGAGAGAAACAGAAAGCUGCGGAAGGUGGUGGUGAAAUAUUUUUCAUGCGGGAGGUUCAAGAUCUUUCUGGAAAAGAUGGUGUGCUGUUAAUGUUUGAAUAUUCUGAAGAACACCCUCCGUUGUUGAAUCAACCAGGAAUGGCUAGCAAAAUUAGAAAUUAUUAUAAGCGAAAAGUUGGAAAAGAAGCUGAACCGGAAUGGGAAUUCGGUGAGACCGCAUUUACCCAUACAACUCCGUUUCUCGGACAGCUCUCCCCUGGUCAGGGAUUGCAAGCUGUAGAAAAUAAUUUGUAUCGGGCUCCCAUAUAUCGGCAUUCUCCAAAUCCGAACGAUUUCUUACUGAUUCGGACAAAACAGGGUUUUUUUAUACGUCAUUGCCCAGUUCCAUUCCUAGUUGGCCAAGAAUGCCCCUUGUACGAAGUACCAAGCCCGAACUCCAAACGGGCAACUUUGUUUGUUCGUGAUUUUUUGUUGGCAUAUAUUUACCGUUUAUUUUGGGCGAGUGAUCAGAAUCCGAGAAGGCUCAAGAUGGAAGAUAUUAAAUCUGCUUUUCCUCAUUAUGCGGAGAGUUCCGUUCGUAAAAGACUGAAAAACUGUUCAGAUUUCAAACGACUGGGACAGGGUCCUGAUCAGAAUUACUGGGUCUUAAGAGGCGAUUUUCGCUUACCAAGUAAAGAAGAAGUGCUUGCCAUGGUAACUCCCGAAAUGUGUUGCGCACAAUACAGUAUGCUUGCUGCUGAGCAGCGUUUGAAGGAUGCAGGAUAUGGUGAAAAGUACUUUUUUACCCCUGAAAAUGAAGAUGAUUCAGACGAUCAGGUUACGAUUGAAGACGAGAUCAAGUGUGCCCCAUGGAAUACGACGAGAGCAUACAUCGCAUCUAUGAAAGGAAAAUGUCUUCUAGACCAAACUGGAAUUGCGGAUCCUACUGGUUGUGGCGAAGGGUUUUCAUACGUCCGUGUUAGUGCCAAACCGCAAAAAGCGAAAGAGGAGGUGACUAAUGUGCCGAAGCGUUUGGUGACGGGCACAAACGCAGAUCUCAGAAAAUUGCCAUUAAAAGAGGCUAAAGAGAUAUGCAGAGAUUACGGCAUCAAUUCCUUAAGUCGGUGGGAAAUUAUUGACGUUAUUCGGACGCUUUCCACACAAGCUGCCAAAGCACGUUCAGACUUUUCAGGCAUGGCUCGGUUCGCCCGUGGAAAUAUUAGAUUCAAUUUUGCUGACAUGCAAGAAAAAUACAAAAGAUUUUGUCAACGCACUUUUGAUUUACAAAAUCAGACUUUGGCAAAUCCAGAUGCUUUGAGUACAGAUGAGGGGAGCAGUUUAGAGGAUUCGGAUAAUGAAGAACUUGCCACUAAAUUGGAGAGUAUGUUAGCUGCAAAUAAAGGGAAGAAGGGAAUCUCAGUUGCUGAACGAAAGAAAUUGGAAUACGAACAGGAAGAGGAGGAAAGGAAAGCUUUGCAAAAAAUGAUAAACGGGGAAAAUGCAGCCAGUAGUAGUGCUACUAAAACAGAAAAGGAAGCUCCGAAGGAACCUCAGCAGAAAGAGCCAUCUGUAACUAAUGCAGAGUCGUCAUCAGUAACUAACACGGGGCCUCGGAAAUUAAAAAUUUAUAGGAUUUUCCGCGCUCCAGAUGGUACCGAGUCGACUCGUGUCGAAGUCAUAACACGGCCGCAACUAAUCGAAGCCUAUGUACGUAUUCGAACCACAAGAGAUGAUACAUUUAUACAGGUGUAUGCACAGAUGGAUGAACAGUACAAGGAAGAACGGCGGAAGGAGAAAAGGCGUUUACAAGAUCAAUUGCGAAGAAUACGACGGAAUGAACUUAAGGCAAAAUUGCAUGGGGUUGAAAUUGGUCAACCAAUUAAUAAGGCUAAACCGGCGGAGAAGAAACCGCCAGUAAUAAAACCGAAUUUGCUGAAAAUGCGAUGUAGCGCCUGUCACGGGACUGGUCAUAUGAAAACUAACAAAAAUUGUCCUUUGUAUGGAAAAGAUUCUGGCAAAAGUCAGACAAAGACAGUUGGUGAUAUACAUCCGGUUGCAUUGACUGAUGAACAGUUGGAAAAAAUGGCUGUACCAACAGGAGAACUGAUGUCUGUUGAGGGAACAAAACUGAAAAUUUCAAAAAAAAUUUACCAUCAUUCAGAGAUGCUAAAGAAAAAUGCUUUAAGGUUACAUAUUCCUCGAGAGCUUAUUAGUGGUGAUAAGAAAAGAGAAGAGGACAGCAAUUCUUCUGCAGCAUCGACAUCAACUGCUGCAGCCGCGACAUCAACAACAACUGGAGAAGCGGAUGAAGCAACGACACAGUUUGAGGGUGAUGAGGAGAGCCAUCUGAGUGAUAAAGUCCCUCUUCCUGAAGAACAACCGUGUACUCCUAAAACUAGCACAUCGACUAAACCUUCCAAAAAAAGUUCUACUGCAAGUAAAAAACACUCAACAGUUUCGAAUAUUGGCAAUCGCAGGAGGUCCACUGUUGAUAUGGAUGAUUACCUCUACGGGCCUCAAAAAACUGUACACAGGCGAAGGGCCGACCCAAGAGUUACAAUGUCAACACAGUUGAACGAAAUUUAUAACGAUGUAAGAAAUAUACCCGGUACUGAACACUUGAUGUUCCCUGUUAGUGCAAAGAAGGUUCCCGAUUAUUACAAAUAUAUCAAACAACCAAUGGACUUACAACAAAUCAAGAAGAAGAUUUCUGAAAAUAAAUAUGAGUUGCGGAAGGAAUUUCUUGCUGACAUUAAGCAAAUGUUAGAUAAUUCGCGGCUUUACAACGGAGACAAUCACGUUAUUACAGAAGCUGCUAGAAAGGUGUUUGAAGUGGUUUCACUAAGGUUAAUUGACAAGGAGCAGAAACUUAUGUCGCUUGAGAAGGCUAUAAACCCCUUGUUGGAUGACAAUGAUAUUAUCGGGUUCUCAUUCAUUCUAAAUGAAAUAAUCCAGGAAUGUAAAAAUGUCCCAAAGAGUGCCAUUUUUCAUACGAAAGUUGAUGGGAAAAGGGUGCUAAACUAUUACGAAAAGGUUAGCAGACCUAUGGAUUUAGGAACAAUGGAACAGAAUAUCAAAGAGCACAAAUAUACAACUGUCGCAGCUUUUAGAAGAGACAUUGAGCAGAUUAAAAUCAACUGCGGUAUUUUUAAUGGUAUUUCUUCACCCUUAACUGCUAAAGCUGGUGAAAUCUGCGAUUUAGUUGAUCAUCUUCUUGAGCUGCGUAAAAAGCAAUUGGAGGAGCUAGAAACAAAUAUUCAAGCUACUUUAAAUGACCGUACAGAUGCUGAUUCAGUUGCAGCUAGUAGCGCUUGUUUAGAAGAGCCUGAGAUGUUGUCACCUGGUUCUCAUACUACAGUUGUAAAGGAUGAAACAGCAGAGGAAGAUGAUGACGAUACGAUUGGCCAUCUGCAAACUGACUUAGCACUUAGUGGCGAUGAAGACAUCGACGACGAAGAUAAUGAACUGAGUCUUGGUUUUAAGAAAGCCGUUUGUGUUCCUAUUCCAGGUAGAAAUUUUGAAACUACAAAUGACACGAGCAUGAGUGGCUAUGAUGCUGAAGGUGAUCUUCUGAACUCUCAAAUGCAUAGUGAAGGCCAGCUGAACGCUGAUUUGGCAUUAUCUGACAGUGAUGAAGACGACGAUCAGUUUAUAAGCGCAAAGAGACCCAAAAUUGAGGACGACCUUAGCACACUUUAG